AAUGAUGAUCAAUGCAACCAUGUUAGGUUCAUUCACUUUGCUGGGACUGAGGGACACUAAAGCAAAGUACCGCCUGAUGAUCUUUGCUCUCACACUGCUGUGUUACAUUCUGAUCAUACUGGUGAAUGUGGCUCUUAUUCUUACCAUCCUAUUAGAGAAAAAACUUCAUCAACCCAUGUACGUCUUCCUGUGUAAUCUGUGUUUUAACAGUCUUUACGGGACGGCAGCUUUUCACCCUAAAUUCCUAUUUGACCUGCUGUCCAAUAGUCAUGUCAUAUCUUACGCUGGUUGCCUGCUGCAGGUCUUUUUCAUCUACUCUUAUGCAACAACAGACUUUUCCAUCCUUGCUGUGAUGUGUUACGAUCGAUAUUUGGCCCUUUGCCGUCCUCUGGAGUAUCAUUCUAUCAUGACUAAACAAAGAGUUGUUUUGUUGGUGUGUUUCUCCAGAUUGGUGCCAAUGAUCUGUCAGGCUAUUGUGAUGAUCAUGACCUCCAAACUGACAUUAUGUGGUUUCCAGAUUAAUAAACUAUACUGUGAGAACUGGUCCAUCCUUAAACUUUCGUGUGAAUCAAUAACAUUGAAUAAUAUUGUUGGAUAUAUUGUCAUACUUCUGUACACUGGCCAUGCUCUAUCUAUUCUGUGUUCCUAUGUGCAGUUAGUGAAGUUUUCUUUAAAGUAUCCAGAACGCAGGAGGAAGUUCCUGCAGACGUGCACGCCGCAUCUAAUGUGCCUGAUUAAUGUCACCGCUGCCCUUCUGUUCGACGUCAUGUACGCUCGAUAUGGAUCCGAUUCUGUGCCGCAGAGCUUAAGGAACUUCAUGGCAAUCCAGUUUCUGAUUAUCCCCCCAAUGCUGAACCCGAUUAUAUAUGGUCUGAAUUUAACUCAAGUUCGCAGCAGUUGCUUGAAGUUAUGUAGGUACAAAAGACAGGUGCAGGAGUUCUGA